GACAGGCGUGGUAACAAGGGGUGGUGUGAACUGCGCCUUACCUCUCGCAUGACGCUGUACUGUGCCUUUGUUUUUUGCGUGCACGUGAGGGUGAGCUGGCACGGGCUGGCACCUUUGUCCUCCCCGCCACCACUGUCAUGGCACCGCGGGGACGGCAACGCGGAGACACAGCGAUGAAAGUGGUGAAGUCAAAAUAUGAAGAUGACAAAACAAUAACACAGAACAAGGAAAACGGUAGACUUGAUGAGCUUUUGGAUGAGUAUGAAGACACUACGAUCCCAGAGGUGGAGGGGAGCAAGGAGGGGCUGUGUGUGGAGCAGGAGGAGGAUCAAGGCACAAGACAUCCCCUCCCAACACAUGCCAAUGAAGACAAAGAAGGAACAUGUGAAUCGGAAGCUGCGAAUGAGGAAGAAAGAGUUGAAAAUGGCCCAGAACUUAAUGAAAAUGUUGCAUCAUCCUGUGAGAAAAAGGAGGGAGAGUGCACGGUGCCCUCAGCUCCUAGCUUUGGGGAACUACAGCAAGAGUUGACGAAAAUUGAUCCCUAUCUUGAAGCCCAACGUCAACUAAAGGACUUGGCAGUUGCAGAUGCUGAGCUGUGUGUUCCUCAAGCAGUGCACAAGAAUAGUGAUAGUAAAUUGCAGUAUAAUGUAGUGACUCAUAGUGUAGAGGGGGGUAAUAAUGUAUUGGUGGAUGGUGAGAGUAUUAAUGUUCAGCCCAGUGUACCAAUGUUUGAGGACAUGGAGGGGCAUCUGGACAACAGGACAGUAUUAGAGGAAAGUAUUGUUGAUGAAGCUGUUGAACAGGAACCUGCUGCCAAGACAAAAGUUGCCCUCUCAGAAGAAUGUGAGGUUGAGCCAAUGACUGAGGUCCAGCUUAGUGCGCUCUACCAAAAUCAUGAACUUGAAGAAAACGAAGCCUUCAUUGCACACUUCAUUGACCAGGAGAGGAACACACCUCACUUGGAAUUCUUUGAGCUUGUUCUAGGGUACCUGAGAGCAAGAACAAACCUGAUUGGCAUCCAGAAGGAGCUGUCCACCCUCCAGGAAGACUAUGAGAGGCAGAAGAAGAACAUUUGGCUAUUUGAGAAGCGCGCCGUCACAGAGGAAGGGGAGUGUGAAGACGGUGCAUUGCUCACCAUCAGGCAUGAGUAUGAAGUUGCAUGCUUUAAGGAGGAAAUUUCUGAACAUGUCUCAAAACUCCUAAAACAAAUGAGGGAGCUUCUAGGCAACUCCUAUGCCCUUCACUCAUAUGAAGCUGAGAUGUGUAAGCUUCAGGUGGAGAACUAUAUGCAGAAGGUCCUGAGUGAUUGCAAGGACUUCACGGAGCUUCCAAGGAAUGCCAGGGUGUGCGGAGCCAGCAGUCAGAGGGAGCACCGCCCACACCUCCACCCUCACGUUGAAAAGCUACACAUCUGCAUCAGCGUCCUGUUUGCAUUCCAGCGGCGAGGGGUGAAGGACCACCAGUUUGUGAGGGACAGCCGCCAGUGGCUCACAGACCUGGUGGCGGUGCUGCUGAGGGUGGCAACACGCAGUGACCACCUCUUCCUCCUGAACCAUGUCCUGAGGUGCCCUGCAGGGGUGGGGACCUGGGCUCCUUCCUACAUACAGGUUUGGGGUGAGUGGAAGCAUGACAGCAGCAGUGGCAUGUUGGGUUGCUGGCCAUUGGAUCAUGCCCUCACCAUCCUCUCCACCAUUGUAAACCCAGUCACUGCAAGAGAAGACUUCCUCCACCACAUCAGGCACACUGCACUCCCUUCUGGGGGGUCAGGGGAAGGGGGUGGGGUUCAGGAGGGGGCGGACAAUGUGUGGGUGGUGGUGGACAGCUCAGGGGAGGAGGAAGAGGACCCAGCUAAACUAUGGGCUGCUUUCACUGAGAAUGAUGUAAUUCAGAUCCUGAAUCAAGUGCCAUUCAAAGAGAUAUUCCAACACAUGCUGCUGGUGGAGGAAGAGGAUGGGACAGGGACACAUAAGUACGAUGUGACGCAAACUUCCCAUAGCGGCCUCCUCAAACUGUUUGCCUUUGCCCGAUGCCUUAUUGAGCUCUUCCACAAGGGGCUCACCACCUACUCUCAGUUGCGUUACCGAGGAGCCACCAAGAGGCUGUGUCGUCUGCUGCGUCACACUGUGGAGCAUGUGACUGACCAUUGGCAGGGUUGUCUGGCGGCCCACCAGCAGAGUAAUGAUACCCUUGGCCUGGCUCUGGCUGCACCUCAGUGGACUGCAUUACAGGUGGAGUAUGACCAGUUGUUUGAGGCAGCGGUGACCAGCAUCUUCAGCAGCCCCCGCUCAGGUGCAUGGCAGUUCCUGGCUGUCAUACCCUACGGCAGUGUGUCUCUUACUAGGCUGUGGAAGAUUGUAUACAAGCUGCACGUGGGGAUGAAAAAGGAGUCGAUAGAAGCAGCCAGUAAGAACAUGAUGAAUCGCACGGCAAGUCAGUGGGCAGAGCUGGUGGCACAUCCAGACACUCGUGGACAGUUCCAUGACUGCCUGUUGAACCUGGAGGAAAAUGAAGGGUUCUACCUCCUCUCAGCGCUGGCCAACAUGACAGUGACAAGGGAGCCAACAGAGAGUGAGUUUAUACAGGUGGUGGUGAGCAACAUCUUUGAGGCGGCCUUUGUGAACGAGGGGACCCGAGAGGCACUGUGUCGCAGCGGCCGGGACCUGCUGGCCACCGUGGCAAGCACCCACCCCCCCAUCCUCUCCCACCUCCUCACCACCACUCAGGAGAAGAUCAUACACUUGGGAAGCAUGGCGCUGUAUCUGUUCCGAGCGCUGCCCAUCGAGGUGUGGCGGCCCAGCAAGGAUGACGUGACCUGCAUGUCCCACUGGCUGCUCUUCAUGCCGCCUGCUAGUGUUGAGAACCAGCUGGCCCGCAUCAUAUUGUCAAGGCUCAACUGGGGGGAGAAUGAGGCCAAGACCAAGCUGUUCUUACCCCAGGAGCUGCAUCAGAAGGUGGCGCUGACAGUCCUGGAGGCCCACCUCAAGAUCUGCCGUGACCUGUACUCAGGGAACCUUCUGACGGAGGGGGUGAAGCAAGUGACAGCAGUGAUGUAUACCACUUCCCCUGAGAGGAUGUUUUUCCUGUGGUCAUGGGAGAUGCUAACACGUCUCCGCCUUCACCGCCUGGACCAAUCCGAGCCCUUGGUACGUGCUGCCCUUGCCUGCCCUGCCUCUCUGCUGGUGGACAUGCCAGAUCCUACAUCCAUCACCAUCACAAAGGCAUCCAUGAUGCACGUGGUGAAGCAUGGCAUAAUGGAUAAGAAACCUCUGGCUCUCUAUGCUGCCCUUCUGAUGACCACCUGGGGACAUUCUCUGCCUGAGAUCUGUGAGCAUGGUGUGGAGUGCAUGCAUGAGCUGGUGGUGCAGGGGAGAUGUGAGGCUGUCAUCCAUGCCCUCGGACACAUCACCCCACUCUUCUUUUCCCAGCCAGAGGACUUGAUCACCAACACAAAGUUCAUGUUGGCAAUCCAGAAGUGCCUGGCAGCCGACCAGUCGUACAUCACCCUUGCCAAAAGCCUCGUCUCCACAGCACCGCCAGGCAAGAUCCUCACACUCUUUGCUGCCAUGGUCGUCCAUCACAUCAAGGAGCACAAGAGGUACAGCUUUGCAUCUGGAGCGCCUGCUGUGAGGUUUUGGCUACAGAUGCUCAUAGGGGUGCCUGAGUGGGUUCACAACUGCUCGGUACUCUUCCUGUUGGACACCAUCUGCCAGCAAGCCUUUGUACACCCAGUCUGCUGGCAGGAGGUUCUUAGGGCAUUCUCUGAAGUCAUGAAAAGCCCUGAAUACCAGCACACUGGUGGAGGAGGAGUGUUUGGCCUGUUGUCAUGGCUCACUGCUGGCACCACCGCCCCAAACUCCUUGCUUGUGCGGCCUUCAGCACCCCAGUACCCGUGGUACACCAUUGCAGUACUUACGCUGGAGACUCAGCAGGAAAUUACUUCAGGACUAUGGAAAAGCCUCCUUGUGGAAAUGUUUAACCACCCAGACAGUGGAUUGGAGCAAGCACUCAAGAAGGUACAGUCAGACUUGGGUCUUGGUCCAGUAUUGUCAAGCCUGCUCAACAUCUACCGUUGGGGCCAGCAGGUGGUGGACCUCCCAGCUGACCACCCAGCGCUGCCCCUCACCCUGCAGAUGUACUUCCUGCUCCACCUGGCACGAGUGCCCCCGCAGCCAGGAAAGUACGAGUGUUGCAGCGUUGUGUCUCAGUUCUACCAAGGGUAUGUCAACUCUGUGUUCCUUGGCAAGAUAAAGAAGAAAGUGGCAAGUUGUGCAGAGCAUCUUGAGUCUGUCCUCAGCAAGCAGCAGGAGCAGGAGGAGGAUGACAAACCAGCAAGCCCUCAGCUCGGCGCAAUGGCCCAGCUGGUGCGUGGGAUGCAGGCGUGGCUGGAGGAGGAGCGCCUAUAUGAGCCAGGCGUGUACCUGCCUGCCCUGCCGCCCCACCUGCUGCCACACUACCUGGUGCAGAUCUUCCAGGGUAAUUGGGAGCCCUGGCCUGAAGCAGUCAAUCAAAAUGCCAUAGAAGAGGAUUGUCAGAAACUUCUCAAAGUGUGGCGGCAGCACCGUAACGAAAUUGGUGUAGGCUCAGCAUCUCCAUCAGCAUCCCCGCAGCACAGCAUCCGGAAAGACUCCACGAAGAGGACUGAGCACAGGGACUUUAGGGCAGCCAUACUUAAGAGACUUGGCACUUACGAACCUCCUCAGCCGCCCCCACCCGUGCCCCCUCGGAGCCCACUCCACACCCCUCAUCUCCCGGACAAGACUCUAAUAGAUCAGGAUGCACUGCUGUCCCAUGUUCUUCACUAUACAGAUCAAGUGGCAGAACAUUCGCAUGCUGUAAGCAUGUGGUGUAAAGAGCUGUGUGCACUGGACUGUGUGUACCGGGAGGUAUUGCCUCACCUCUGGUUCAAUGCCAACACCAAGACUGUUCACACUACCAAAUGCAAGCCUCCCAAGGUUGGGCGGCAGCAACCAGAGUGUUCAGGGGAAGCCAGCAUUGUGUUGGAGUUCUCAGAGGCUCGACUGAAUGAGAGAGAGAAUGCACGAAUUGAGCAAAACAGAGAACAGUCUGAGGCUGUGGUGCAGCGAUGCCUCAAACCGCCGCCGCUGCAGCUGUGUCAGGCUGCCGUGAGUCUGGAGGCCAUCAUCACAACGUUGGUGAAUAGAUUCCGCAAAGCAAGAUUCGAAGGGAGCAAGCAGACCAUCUUUCAGCUCUUGACAAGUGGGCGGCAAGUGUUCUACCACAUCGUUCAACUCACCUCUGAGGACACCAGUUCGUACCCGCCAGCCAAACAACUCAUUGCCUCGUGUGCGGAGGUGCUUGGACAGGAAUUUGUUGAUGGACAUGGAGACUGUCAGGAGAAGCUUGCGUGUGAAGUGAUGGAGUGGGGAGGGCAGGUGGGAGGGCUGCUGGCUCCUCACUUCACUCCAAGCGUCACCUCUACUGCCACCUUCCUCUCUCUCUACGCUUCCCUUGGCUGCCACGCCUCAGUAUCCCCCGACCACACUUUCAUGCUGCUCUCUAAGUUUGAUAUAGAAAACUGGUUGUCAAGCACUCAGCCAAGUGUAAAGGAGUGCGGCAGACUGAUGGAGAGUGUUGGGGCAGCCCUGUGUGCCCUGCUGCCCCAGCCCCAGCCCAGCUUGCUUCUGGUUCUUGAGCUGUACAGAGUCCACCUGAAGAGUCUGCUUAACUACAAGUUUCCACAGCACUACAGUGAGGUGCUCAACAUCCUGCUGCAGGUAUCGGCCUCCACUCAGGAGGACUGUGGUGGGGUGAGUGCUGGGCUGUGGUAUGACCUGAUCAACUCCCUGGGGGUGGGGGUGGCCUGCUUCAGGCCAGGCAUGGAGCAGCAGGCUGUUGUGCAGGCCAUCAGGGGCUACGUGCAACACCAGACCAGGCUCUCACAGCCCAUGGUUGAAGACACAUUGAAAAUGCUGUCAGGCUACUUUGUGAAGCAGCGACUAGAGUUUGGUCUGUACGGCCUCUAUCCUAAGUACCGGCUGCACAUCCAGCCCAUGUCCGUGUACCUGAGCCUCCUGUCCCAUGCAUACAUUGUCACCACACUGCACAAAAGGACUGGCACCCCACAGGAAGAUGUGGUACAGAAGGUGUGGAGGACUGUGGAGGGUGUGUGGGCUGGAUGGGUGGCCCCUCUGGGUGGCCAGGAGAGGCAGACGUGCCCAGCCUGGCUGCGUCACCUCACUCACGACCUUCAGCUGCUGCUUCCCUGGGCUCCAAGUGAUGCCAAUGCUGCAGACCCCAUGGUUGCUAUGUUUGCUGCCUGUGUUGACUACAUGCAUGAGCUGUUGCCUGGUCAGUCAAGUGUGUUGUCCCUGCUGCUGGAGUACUACAGUUCCACAUUUGCCCUGCGGGAAGUGAAGAGCCACGUUCUGGUGGUGAUUCACACCCACCUGGCAGCCCUCCCAUGGCACCACCUCAACCCAUCCCUGCAGGACACCCUCAUCCUGUGCAAGGUGGUGGAGCAGUACUUGCCAGAGUGCCACAGCUUCAUCGGGCAGGUGCUGGUGCAGGUCAACUGGAGUAAGGUCCUGGAGGCUGCUAUGACGCACCCCCCCACCAAUGCCUCUCAGGGGAAAGUGAUGAGUGACGGUAAUGUUGCCCCAGACCAAGUGGCUGCCAGACUACACACCUGCCUCCUCAACCUCCUGGUGAGGAUAUCAAUGGAGCCAAGUGUGAGGCAGUCACCCCUUCUUCAGACACUGUUGCUGGAGUCUGAAGGGUUUGCCUGGUGGCUUAUUGAUGGGGACAGCUUCCAACGAGUUGUCAACUGGUGGGUGAUGAGUUGUGACCCGCGCAUCGUCCUUUCCUUACCUGACAGAAACCCAGUUGACAUUUCCAUCAUUCAACUGUUGCACCGCGCUGCAGGCUAUACCCCAGACACCACAUCCUUCCACUCUGAUACAGCCACCAAGCGGGCUCUGCUGGUGCGGGCAGUGGUGCGACUGGUGACAACAGCAGCAGCCCGACACAAGGCCCUCCUCACCGCCCGCCCAGCUGUCUUUGCCUCCACCAUCCACGCCUCACUGACUCACAUGGAGAACACCCUCGUGUCCACUGUGCCCAGGGAGCAGCUGUGGGGUGAGGGAUGUGUGCUGAGCACAGAGUUGCUGGCCGUGGUGAGUGGCGGGGCAUCCUCAGGUGCACUGCAGGAUCUGAGCAGCGCAGCAGUGGUGGAGUGGCUGGCUGCUGAGCCACACCCAUCCCCUGGCCUCCUGCUGCCCCUGCUGGCCUCAGCCUCACGCUCCAUCCUCCACCUCAAUCACAGGAACCCCAUCCUCCAGGCUGUCCUCCUUGCACUUUUCUCUCAUGAGUGGUGUGGGUGGGAGGGUGAGGUGACCUGGCCCCGGGUGCUUUCCCUGCUCUCCUUCCCCCUCACCAACCCAGCCGCCAUGCUCACACUGGCUGCACAAGAGGGACAUCUGCUGGUGGUGUACGCCCACACACGUUGGCGGCAACAGCAGCAGAGCCUUGCCUGCAGUGAUGUCUUCUUCCUCCUCACUUCUUUGUGUGAUAUGCUGCCAACAUUAGUGCUAAGUUCAGAGAUGGAGGCAGGUCUGAUACUUAUAGUCAGUGAAAUCCUCAAGUUAAUAACAAAACUACUUCACGAAAAGUCCACUGUGAAUUCAGUCUGGCAUCACUGUCGAAGCCUCACCUCACACCUGGCCAUCUGGGCCGAGGACCACUGCACCACUGGCAUCCUGGCAGCCAUAGGUCUGGGUCGCCAGUCACCCAUGUCCCUAAAGUUUCGCCUUGUGUGCCGUGUCCUGGCAACCUUCCUCAAUCUACAAAUGCCACAGGACGGAGUGUUCAGAACCCAUCCACAACAGCCGCACAGUGAUGUCGAUGGGCUACAAAAAAGUGGUGGUGGUGUUGAGGUGGAGACAUGUACCCUGAACCAGCUACGAGUGCUCACCACUAACUCGGCUUAUGCUGCCCUCACUCGAUCCAUUACUCAGGCCAUUCAGUUUUUAGAGGAUCCUGGGAAUUGCUUGGCUGAUGUGCAUGUGUUGCUUGGCCACCUUGUGUGUGAGCUGCACCAAAACCCUGUGUUGCAGCACCUGCGUGAGGCGGCAGCCCCUCCCCGUCACUCCACCGAGGCCUCAGCUCCGCCUCCUCCUUAGCAAGAACAUUAUUGUGAUAGUAGGGGAAAGUAGUCAAUAUUAUUUGUAUAGCUGUAUAGUACAUUGCUUUACUUUUCUUACUUAUAAGGAUAGUCUUGGUUUGUGAUAUUCCAAGAUUGUGAUACAGUUGAGUCUUAGAAGUAGGGUGUCUGCUUUCCAAGAGACAUUUAGUUGUCAUGCAGACUAAGUAGCUUUUUGUACCUCCAUUAGUUCACUGGGUGUUGAGUGUAGUUAUGAAGCAUAUAUUAUUUAUCAGAGCCAACCUAGUUUCUUGGCCAAAGUGUAUAGAUUAUAUUUUUUCAAUAUUUAUUAUCAGCUCAUGGCUGGAGCAUGGCUCAAAGUGUGGUAAUGAUCCCUCCAGUCAGCGAAGUACAGGUGUGGAUAUUGUGGAGAAUGGUGUUUUCCUCUGUGAAGCACUGCAGAGCUCUCUGGAGCAAAGGUAAGAAUGUCAUCUUUGACUACUUUAUAAAAGAAAAGGAAACCUUCCAUAACCUACAACUCAACUAGUUCACUUGUUGCCCUCAGUUCUACUCCAAGAACUUUAUAAAAAUAGUAUUGAGGAAUAAGUGUGCCUGUUUUAUAUAAAUAGUGUUUAGAUUUUCAGUUGAAUAUAUAUCUACAGUAACACAGGGUAGUAAUAAAUGGAAUAUUUAAGUAUUUAUAAUCAACAUUAAUAUGAAUUUAUUUAAUUCAUGUCUUAUCUGUGAAAAAUUAGAAAGAAAAUAAGUGCUAUAAUUUUAAUAAAGUUAUAUGCAAAUAUAAUGGAGCAGAAUGAGUGAGGAGGAAAUCAAUAUGAAUGUGUUUGUCCCGAGUGUAGGAUUAGGAAUUCAAGUCUCUUCCACUGAAUAAUGUAGAGGGUGGUAAAGAGAGGCAAACCACUUAUGUUAGUAGAAAUUGAAAUUGGGAAAUCUGCCAAUUUAUUUUUUUAUUUGAAUAUGAGUAUGGUCACAUGGGCUUAUUUACUUAUCAUAUAUAUGAUUAUAGGUCAUCAUACUAGUUAAAACUUGUGUGUGUGUGUAUAUAUA